CGAGAGUUGCCGUCAAUUUUCCAAAGAGAUUUUUGAAAAUGGAUCAGAGCUAGAGAGAAGAGACACUCGUCAUCCCAAUCCGACAACAAAAUCUCCCUCUCCGUCACAAAGUUUGAGCUUUGAGUGCUCCAUAUACAGAGGAAGAGGGAGAGACGCCGUGUUUUCUCUGAAAUUAGAGGUGUGUAGGUAUCUCUGCAGCUAAAGCCUUAGGCUUUUCCUCCCCAAUUCGCUUUCUCAGAGUUUAGGGUUUAUGCGAUGCGAUGCUACAGAAGAUCACAAAUUGUGUAAUUGAAAAGGAAGACGAGUAGUAAAAUAUGUGUUACGGUCUGGUUCUAAGUCUGAAGUGAGUGUAUUGGGUUUUUCUGAGAGGAAUUAAUGGAAGGGGGAAGGAGAAUAUCGGCAAGUCCUCGGCCUUGCAAUGGUAGGAGGGUGGUAGCGAAGAAACGUCCUCGUGUUGGUGGCGUGGAUGGGUUCGUCAACAGCGUUAAGAAGCUUCAGAGGCGCGAAAUCAGCUCCAAGCGUGACCGUGCUUUCACUAUGAGCGAUGCCCAAGAGAGGUUUCGCAAUAUUCGUCUCCAGGAGGAAUAUGAUACGCAUGAUCCAAAAGGUCACUGUGCCAUGGUUCUGCCUUUCUUGCGAAAGAGGUCAAAAAUUAUUGAGAUUGUAGCAGCGCGUGACAUUGUGUUUGCUCUUGCGCAAUCUGGUGUUUGUGCAGCAUUUAGCCGAGAAACCAACCAGAGAAUAUGCUUUCUGAAUGUCAGUCCCGAUGAAGUGAUAAGAAGCUUGUUUUAUAACAAAAACAAUGACUCACUUAUCACUGUUUCAGUUUAUGCUUCAGACAAUUUCAGUUCCUUGAAAUGCAGAAGCACUAGGAUUGAAUACAUACGAAGAGGUAAACCAGAUGCUGGCUUUGCUCUUUUUGAAUCAGAGUCACUGAAAUGGCCUGGUUUUGUAGAGUUCGAUGAUGUAAAUGGGAAGGUUCUCACUUAUUCUGCACAGGAUAACAUAUACAAGGUGUUUGAUCUGAAAAACUACACCAUGUUGUACUCCAUAUCAGAUAAGCAUGUCCAAGAAAUUAAGAUUAGUCCUGGAAUCAUGCUGUUAAUUUUUACUAAAGCUAGUAGCCACGUUCCUCUUAAGAUCCUGUCCAUAGAGGAUGGUACUGUUCUCAAAUCCUUCAACCAUCUCCUUCAUCGGAAUAAGAAGGUGGAUUUCAUCGAACAGUUCAAUGAAAAGCUUCUUGUAAAGCAAGAAAAUGAGAACCUCCAAAUUCUUGAUGUUCGUAAUUUUGAGCUGACAGAAGUUAGCAGAACUGAGUUCAUGACACCAUCAGCCUUUAUAUUUCUGUAUGAGAAUCAGCUAUUCCUGACGUUUCGAAAUCGAACUGUGGCUGUUUGGAAUUUUCGAGGAGAACUUGUAACUUCUUUUGAGGAUCAUCUUUUGUGGCAUCCCGACUGCAAUACCAAUAACAUAUACAUUACUAGUGACCAGGAUCUUAUUAUUUCUUACUGCAAGGCUGAUUCUGAUGAUCCAUUAUCUGAAGGAAAUGGUUCCAUCAAUAUCAGCAAUAUUUUAACUGGGAAAUGCCUUGCUAAAAUAAGAGCAAGCAACAACAAGGAAAUUGAAUGCAGCUGUAGUGGUAAGUGUUGUGGCAGCAGCUGCAAUUCGAAGAAGCGGGCCCUUUCAUCCAGAAUUAGAAGUACAGUUGCAGAAGCCUUGGAAGAUAUUACUGCUCUCUUCUAUGAUGAAGAGCGGAACGAGAUCUACACGGGCAAUAGGCUUGGUCUAGUUCAUGUAUGGUCUAACUAAUGGUUUCAUCAAUCAGUUUGUUCACCAUGUAUGCACACCCCCCUGGGCCAUGCCCCCCCCCCAAUUAGAUUCUUUGUUGGUCUUCUAGAUGGUUGAAUUGAUUGUGCUGCCUGCCCCCACUGCAACGACUUCCUAGAACAACUGUACCAUGAAUUGCCCUUGUACAAUUAAUCCCUCUGUUUACCUAAAUCCGAAUUCCUUCCUUGUUGUGUCUUGUCUGUGUUGAGCGUGAAAACUUAUUUAUAGAGUGUCUUUUUCAUGGU